AUGCAGUUGUCCUCUCAUGAUUACUACGACACUGCAAACGUUGAACAAUUAAGAAGACUCACAAACGAUUCGGAAGAAAUUGAGAUCGCGGCUAAAGAUUUAGAGGUUCUCGAGGAACUGGGAAAAGGUGGCUAUGGAGUUGUGGAAAAGAUGCGCCAUCGACACUCUGGAAUCGUGAUGGCCGUGAAGGUCAGGAACUGCAACCACUUGCUCCGCAUACGAUGA